CACAGAGAUUUUCCCAACACGCCUACCAAGACGUGUUAUAAAACGGUAGGUUAGUUUGUUUGCUCGACCUCGUCCCGAAAACCAAUGGGCAUGAAGUGGCGCCCUCGCCUGCCUCCCUUACCUCCCAUAUGAAUGACCGGUCAAACACAGCCUUCGGCAACCCCCAUCCAGACUCCUGCCACCACACCCUCUUCCUACUCCUACAUCGCGAAAUAACUCGAAAUGGCCCGGUUCAAGCGCUUCAUUCGUAGCCUUUUCUGUCUAGCACAGACACGGAGGCAACGAUACCGUGACAGCUCGAACAUAUCUACAACGGAUGGGAAAGAAAAGCCGUCUCUCUCGACAGACGGGAUGUCAGAUGAACAAUCCGUCCUCAUUUCAGAUCUCGGGAAGAACGACAUCCAACAACAAGAUUCCCAUGCGAUAGAGACCGAACUAUGCUCGAAAUCCCCGACCUGCCCCUUGUAUAGCCCUGACGGUCGACCCGCAAAGGACACGGCGACGGAGAAAGCUACCACUCUCACCAAGAUCACACCGUCGAAGAAGUCACCGGAGCAGACUCCCGUUUUCCCAUUCCCUCUGGAGAUUUUCGAGAGGAUCUGGGCUUACCUGACACCCCCGGAGUCUAGGAUGGCCUUUGCCCUGGCCUCCCGAUUCUUCUUCUACCACUUCAAGCCCGGUCCGCUCACCACCAGCCAGACGCAAACACUGCAACUCUGGCUCGAGAGAGACACCCCCAAUCUCUAUUUCUGCUGGCUUUGCAAAAGGUUGCACACCUGGUGCUGCGGGGAACUUGAAUUCUUGCGCGAGGGUGAAGGCCGGCACCCGACCCGCGUGCUCAGCUUCGACAAAGGCUGCAGAUUCCGAAAAUGGUCGGGGCACCCCGCUUCCCUGGGCAACGCCCAAAACAUCAAGCUCGAGACGGCCCGACUGAUAAUGAAUCGGCAUUUCUACGGCGGGGAACAUGGCCUCGGCUUGGAUGCUCUCUGUUAUCGUCGGCAAAGACUCGCUGCUGGUCAGCAAGGCAGUAGUAUCAUGGUUGAAGAGUCGCGGCGCCUCCGGGUUAUCGACAACGAGCUGUAUGUCAAGGAGGACGUCUUGAUGUAUCACAAGGACGGUCACGAGACCGCUCUCCGCGACUACCUCGACGCACCAGGGGGUGAAGACAUACUGCCACCGGUGUGCCGCCACAUCGGAAGGUACCAUCGUUUCGGCAAAUCAAAGGCGACCAAACCCACACCAAAAGCCCAUGCCGAGUUCAUCGGACCCAUUCUAUCCUGCAAGUAUUGCUACACCGACUGCCACAUCGUGGCGCGGUGGCAGGCAGGGGACGGCGCUCGCCCAGCGGGCUGGACUGUCAGCGGGAGCAAGUGGUAUACGCUUGGUUCUUGUAGAGACCUACGGAACGAUAAGUGGAACAACGCCGCCAUCGACUUCGUCCGGUUUCAUGCCCGGCCCCGGGCGGCGUCACCGGAUUGUCCCGCCGGCAUCGUACGAGGUAAGUGGCUUUUUGGAAACAGGUAUGGUAGGAAGGACGUGGAUGUCGAGCUGGUAAAUGAAACUUCUCACCCCAUAUUUGUAGGAUCACUCGGCUGAUAGGGUUUUCUUUUCCUUUGUGGUUUUGGCGGGGGGAGGCAAUGGUUAAUGACCCGGAACAUCUGACGUGAAUACCUGGUAGGUACCUACCCAAUGUCGUUUUUCUUUUCUCGUGCGAUCUUCUUGUUAUUCCAUAGUUUUAGCAUGGCAUGAUGAGGACAGGUUGGUGAAGUGGUAUUAUAUCAUCAACCUUUCAUGGGCAUUGUCACUAAGCAGUAC